AGGGGGAAGCGAUCGAGGGCUCGUCGCGACGCGAUUCUCUCGCGCUCUUCUUCUCCCCGUGGAUGAUUCACGCGAGCGUCCGCGAAUAUCAAUGCGGGGAUUCUUCCUCAGUGUCGAGACGCGCGUCGGAGUGUUUCCGGUGUAACCCGCAUAUAUAUAUACAUACAUACAUGCUAUACAUCCGCGACGUAAUAGUACACGCGACUCCCGACACCUCGGUAUCGAGAGGGUGCGAAUGAGGGGUGCCGUGUCGGAUCGCCGGAUUCGCGGUAAAGGACAGGGCGGUCAACCCCGAUGCCUGCGCAUCCUGAUUGAGUUUGCAAAUUCGAUUAACGCGCGGCGAGCUAUGGAGAUCGGGGAAUAAUCUCGCGGCGGCGAGUUUAUCACGUUGCGCGACUUAUCGGCCUGCAUUGAUCUGUGACUGAUACGGGCGGCGACAACGACGACGACGACGACGACGACGACGGGAUCGUCGCAAACGUGAUCAAGGGACAGCUCGACAGCUCCGCUCGAGUCAAAAGAUGGCAAUCGCUGCUUCGGAGAAUUAUCAGCUGAAGUGGCACAGCUAUGGAGCGCAUCUUCAUAGCUCCGUCGCGACGUUGCUUCAUUCGGAGUCCUUUGCGGAUGUUCUGCUGGCCACGUCCUGCGGCCGACACGUGGCGGCUCAUCGAUUCGUCCUCGCUGCCUGCUCAUCGUACCUAAGUCACAUUUUCCAGACAUGCCACUUUGGCGCGAAUACUAAUGCUCCGAUAAUCGUGGUAUUGCCUACAGAGAUUGGAUAUCGUACGCUAAAAAUCCUGAUACAAUACAUGUACAGCGGCGAAGCCACCGUGACGAAUGAUCAGCUGGAGGGAGUCUUGAAAGCCGGUGAUAUAUUGCGUGUGCGUGGACUAUGGAGAUCGAAUACCGGUAGCAGCAAGAAGGAAAAUAUACAGUCGAACAAUCAGAAGAUCGAACGUGACAAACGGGAGCCCUCGCAGCUGACCGGACAGAUACAGAAGAUCAAACUGGUGCAACCGACCACCGAGAAAAUAGUCGAGAACGCGCAACAGGCGGCUACGGCAUGCCAAAAUAAUAUACAACCCUCGAAGCCAAUCGAGAGGAAAAGCACUGAGAAGAUCAUCGAAGAUAAGACCAACGAAUCCGACGCCAAGAAAAUCUUGGAGGAAAAUAAGAACAAUGAGCAAAAUAAAAACAAAGAGAAUCUCGAGACGAAUGGAAAGAAGAAAAAAUCUGUAAAUAGUGAUGUCGAAUCGAACAAAUCGAAGAGCGAAGGUGGCGACAAUACGGAACUAAAUUUGGAACUGUUAGUGAAGGAUGAGCCGAUCGAUUGGGAAGAGACGAUCGAUCCGUCGGAAUCGCUUACGAUAGACCACGAGAUUGAUAUCAAACCAGAGAUUGUGCACAGCGCGGACGAAGAUGGAGAUAUGGAAGAGGAGGAAUAUACACCAUUGACGUGCGACAUGUGCAGUCAAACAUUUAACAGACCAUCAGAUUGGGUGAGACAUAUAGAAUUCACGCACGCUGACAUGACUGAAAAUCGAAGAAAGAAACGAAAGGACGAUGUGAACGACGACAGCAAGGACUUCCCACCUCUGAAGUGCGACCUAUGCGGCAACAUGUAUUCCACACCGCAGGAGUGGGUACGUCACAUACAGACGGAACAUACGGAGGAACAGUUGGCCUUGAUGAACAAUUCGGCGCCCCCUAAGCCGAAGAGGGUACACAAUCACCAAAAAUUAUGUAAUAUAUGUCAAAAGGAAUUCCCGAGCCACGCCUCGAUGGUCAUCCAUCAGAGAACGCAUACGGGCGAGAAGCCUUUCCUCUGUUCCUACUGUAAAAAAGGCUUCAAUGUAAAAAGCAAUCUAUUGAGGCAUUUAAGAACACUGCAUGACAAAUACGUACAUCCCAGCUUAUACGGGAGUAAUGGUAGCACGAACGCUUAAAGGCCCUUCACAUUCUUUUCCGAAACACAUACACAUAUAAAUAUAUAUAUUUCUGUUUUGCAUGGCGUCUCAGUCGUGGAGAGACUAUACAGCAUCUUAUCUAUGUCCAAUAUUAUGUCUACCUAGACUGAACGCAUAUCUAUAUAACGUAUAAAAGGAUGCCAAAUUGGAACGUGAUGUGACAAGGAACUAGUAGAAUCGAGAUCUGUGUUGUAAUCUCCACUGAGAAAAACAUAACUGAGCGCAUUUUAAAAAUUCCCAAUGCAUAUUGGAGAGAAAUCUAUAAUACAAACUAUUUUUUCUAAAAAAAGGUAGAAUUAUCGCGUUCUUUAUAAUAUAAUA